CCUCCAUCUAAUAAAACCCAUUACCUUACUGAAACAACAGCUUAUACCAUCCUCUAUUCUUCUUUUCUCCCUAUCAGUAUACCCUUCUACCACGGACCCUCCCCUCUCUUUCCCCACGGCCUAAUACUAGGAUUCGCUGAUCACGGAGAUAUGUACGAAUACAUAUACCGCGCGCACCGAAUUGGUCCGUUGCCUGCUGUGAAGGAUUUAUAUCGGUGGGCGAGACAAGCGACGGAGGGGUUGGCGUAUGCGCAUGGAUUGGGGGUGUUGCAUGGGGAUAUUCAUGUUGUGAAUUUUUUGCUUAGUUCGUCGGAGGAUGAGGAGAGGGUGGGGGAGUUGGAUCUCCAGGUUGCGGAUUGGGCGGGUGCUAGUAUUUGGGGGGACAAGUCGUGUUCGUGGUAUAGACUUACGCAACGGGAUCGAGAUGAAGAGGGAAAGAAGGUGGAUAUGGUAAUUAGUGUGAGGAGUGAGAUUUUCGCGACCGGGUGCGCGAUUUACCAUAUGGUGGGUGGAAAGGAUCUUUGGGAGGGGGAGUUGGAGUAUGGGAUAGGGAGGAGAUUGUGAGGAGUUUGAGGAGGAGGGAUAUGCCAGCGACGGAGGGGUUGAGGUGUCUUGGGGUUGUGGUGAGGAGGUGUUGGACUGUGGAGUUUGAGAGUAUGGAGGAUGUUGGGAACGCGAUUGAG